UAAAAAGAAAUGGAUGUGAAUAUGAAGAGUGAAAUAAAUUGUGAUAAAAUAGAACAGGCAAGUCAGAUUAUUAAUGACUUAAACCAUGAUAAAAAUGUAACCGAGGAAGAGUUUCAAAAUUUCAUGCACCGUGUUACCGAAGUAGAAAAAAUAGUCAAGAAGUUAGCAUCUUCUGAUCUAAAGGAGCAAGAAUAUGGAAAAAAAUUAGCAGAUGAAAUUUUAAAAGAAAACGUUCAAAAGGAAAUUUAUGAAGAUGAAAAGAUAAAAAUUAAAACUAAUCGAUCAAUAAUUAACAAAUAUUCUUCAGAGGAGGAUAAUUCCUUCAAUGAUCCAAACAAGAUGUCGCGUGAAAUGUUUAUGAAGAGCAUAGAAGAUGAUGUUAGAAAACGAACUGAAGAUCGUAAGAUAAGAAAUGAACGAGCAGAAACAUUGAAAAGAAUUGGAAAUGGUGCAUUCAAAGAAGGGGAUUAUGAGAAGGCCGUGACUUAUUUUAGUAAAGCAUUAGAACAACGUAAAGAUUCGUCUGUAUUAUGGAAUAACCGUGCGUUAUCAUAUAUGAAUCUUGGAUUAUUCGAAAAGGCUUUACACGAUUGCGAAUGGGUGUUGAAACUAAAUGAUUCAAAUUUAAAAGCUCUUUUGAAUAGCGCUAAAUGUUAUAUGAAUCUUGGAAACAGGGAAAAGAGUAAAGAAUAUGUACAGAUCGCCAAAAACAGAAAUCCUCAUUUCAACAAAUUUAUUAAUGAAUUUGAAGAAAAUUUAGAGAAGAACUUUAACCAAUUCAAUAUUCAGAUAAUUACUGAUGAAAUAUAGCUUUUUUAAAGAGAUAAUGUAUAAUAUUGUUUUAAUAUAAAGUAGUAUAAUAAAUUAGCAAUGAAAGUA